AUGGAUGCGCCCACGCCUAAAUCGACAAAGUCUCGGAAGCGAGACACGGAUGAAAGCCGAGCGGAGAGAAAGAGGAUCCAGGACCGUUUAGCCCAACGGGCCACGCGUGAGAGGACCAAGAACCGCAUCGCCUAUCUCGAGCAGCGGCUCAGCAGCCUCGAGGCCGGCGACAAGGACGGCGAGAUCACAAACCUCACGCGCAUCAUCGACAACCUCCGCAAUGAUAAUAAUCGCCUUCGGAAUGCCUUGGUCAAGAUGCGCACCGUCAUCGACCAGGCCGUGCUGGGCGCCGACUCCAGUGAAGCUCAAACAACAGAGACGAAGCCGUCCGUGCCUGCUGCUGAUCAGACACCAUUCCCAGCAUCUACCCCGGCUACAACGUUUGGCGACCCAACUGCUACCUUUCGUCACACUUCCGUCUCGUCGACAGACACCUCAGAGGCCACCGAGGUGAUCAACGGCCACAACCUAGGCCUCAACGUAGACGUGCCACAACCAGAUGGGAUGGGCUCCUUGGCCGGCCUCGAGGACUUUUUCGACAUGAGUUCAAACUCUUUGCUCGAAAUGUUCGAGAUGGGCAGUACUACGGGUUUCAGCGGCUGGCAGCCACAGACUCCCUCGCCCUUCGACUACCGCUUUCCCUCGUCCGACGCCGUGGUGAAAGUCGCGCCGGACGUGGACAAGUGGCACGUAUCCAACGGCGCCUUUAUCUCUUGCCUCGACAGUGUCAAACAACAGACGGCAUCGACCGCCACCCUCGAUAUGCACGUGCCCUUCAAGGCGGCCAUCUGGGGCUGGGAGAAUGCCGGACCCGAAGCUCAGCACCCUGUGUGGAAUGCGCUGCGGCAGGUUGACCAAAGGGUGUUUGGCACAUGGACCUCCAAGGCGCAACGAAUCGCCCUGAUGUAUGUCUGCCAGACACUGAUCCAAUACCGAGAAAAUCCAACUCGAGAAAACUUGGAUCGGGUGCCUGUCUUUCUACGCCCGAGACCGUCACAGGAAAAAGUCCAGCAUCCAGCAGUCAUUGAUUUUCUCAUAUGGCCAGGCUUACGCGACCGCCUUGUCUUCGAACACAAGAAAUACACCUCGACCGGUGACUUCUCGGCCGCCUUUGUAGAGAACUUCAACUUCUACUGGCCCUACUCGGACCGCGACAUCUUCGCCUACAACCCGAUGCAGAACCGGUACGAGGUUUCCAAGAUCUUCCUCGAGUACGCAUACAACUUCAAGAACUGGACCAUGAAGCCGGGCUUCUUCAAAAAGUUCCCCGAGAUGCAACACGACAUUGCCGCCUUUGAGGGCACCAUGGACUUUCCAAAAGUGAGCUGGUCAAGAUGA